ACUGUAUUGGUGUCACUGGGGAUGUCAGUGGCAGUUAGUCAGUUCCCCCCCAAAACACAGACCAGAUGCAUUCUGGAUGCAUUGACACUGGGCAGGAAGGGGUUAACGUUUGGGCGAUCAAAGGGUUAACUGUGUGCGGUGUGUGUUUUAUUAUGUUUGCUGCGUGCUGCUUUUACCUCGGAGACAUGCUGUUUUGUAUUCCUCUGCUGUGCAGAGAAAAAGCAGCAUGUCCUUCCUGGCAGGAAAGAGACCUGAGUUGUUUACACACAGGUCUCUCCCGUCAGCUUUGCAUGACGAUCACCCAGUGCCGGCGGGGAAGC